AUGGCGGACGUCGGUCGCACUCGCGGUCGUGUCACUAGCGUCGUUAUGCACCCGCUAUGCUUGAAGGCUACAGGCAUCAUCCAGCACGAGAUCCUCCACGCCCUGGGCUUCCUGCAUGAGCACAGUCGCCCGGAUCGCGAUGACUAUGUGACAGUUAACGCCAGCAACAUAGUGCCGGGUAUCGAUCCCAGAAACUGGGUAAAGCUGCGAGAAAUGGAGACUUUUGGUCUUCCAUACGAUCUAGAGUCCGUAAUGCACUACGGCCCAGAAGUGUCCAUCAGCCCAGACCGGCCAGCUAUCGUGCCAAGAACAACUUUACUAACGCGUUGGAUGGGUCAGCGGCGCGGUCUCAGUUCCUGGGAUGUGGCCAAGCUACAGAUUGCAUACAAAUGCAAUCGUUUUGAGGGCCCGUUGAGAUCCCUUGAUUCCUCUAGGACAAAUACACCGGAGCUCGACGUCGACGUGAAAACCUUCACAGCUUCCUUCUAUUUGCUUCCAAACGGGUCAUACGACCCACAGCUGCAGCAGCCGGUUGUAUGGUGGCAGGAUAACUCCUUCUCCGGGUGGUACGGCACUGCUGCCGCCAACCCGCUCCUUUCUCCCGCCAUCGUUACCUGUUUGGCGUUAUUAAUGGCGGCGUAA